CGACGCCCCCGCCCUCGCCUCCCCUCUGGAUCUUCGACGACAACCGGGCCCCAGAGAUCUCCGAGGACUGUCUCAGAUUCCUCUACGGUAACUCGGACAUUGCGACUCCACGUACUGACAGGACCAAUGCGAAUUCAAAAAUGCUCGAGAUCGCAGCGUUGGACGGCAACUCUGACGCCUCUUGUAUAAUAAAGGAGAGGAUGACACAGGCACUUCGGUACUUCAAGGAAUCAACAGGCCAGCAAGUAUUGGUCCAAGUAUGGGCCCCUGUUAAGAACGGAAAUCGCUGCGUUCUCACCACUUCAGGACAGCCCUUUGUCCUCGAUCCUCCCCGUACUAAACUUCUUCAGUACAGGACGGUAUCCUUGAUGUACACUUUCUCUGUUGACGAAGAGAACGGCGGAUAUCUAGGGCUACCGGGUCGGGUGUUUAAGCAAAAACUGCCCGAGUGGACGCCGAAUGUACAGUACUAUAGCAGCAAGGAGUAUCUGCGUCUUGAUCAUGCCCUCCUUUACAAUGUACGGGGAACUUUGGCCUUGCCUGUUUUCGAGCCUUCCGGUCAUUCUUGUCUCGGUGUGGUCGAGCUAAUCAUGACUUCACAGAAGAUUAAUUAUGCUCAUGAUGUUGAUAAAGUUUGCAAAGCUCUUGAGGCCGUAAAUCUGAAGAGUUUUGAAAUCUUGGACCAUCCAAGCCUGCGAAUUUGCAAUGAAGGACGCCAAGCUGCCCUGGCUGAGAUCCUUGAAAUACUGACUGUAGUCUGUGAAUCCCAAAAGCUGCCUCUCGCUCAGACUUGGGUUCCGUGCAAGCAUCGCACUAUUCUGGCUCAAGGCGGUGGCUCAAUAAGGAACUGUUUGAGCUUCGAUGGAAGUUGCAGGGGCCAAGUGUGCAUGUCGACAACAGAUGUGGCAUUUUAUGUAGUUGAUGCCCAUAUGUGGGGAUUUAGAGAAGGUUGUGUGGAACACCAUCUACAGAAGGGCCAAGGGGUGGCUGGAAAAGCAUUUGAAACUCGCAGGCCUUGCUUCUGUACUGACAUUCAAGAGUUCUCGAAGAGCAAGUAUCCUCUCGUGCAUUACGCUCGGAUGUUUGGUUUAAGCGGCUGUCUAGCUGUAUGUUUACAAAGUACACUGUCGGGUAAUGAUGAUUACAUAUUGGAAUUCUUCCUCCCCUCUGAGUGUAAGAAUAUUAGAGAGCAACGGGCUUUGUUGAAUGCCAUUGCAACUGUGAUGAGACAGUGUUUUCACAGUCUAAAGGUUGUUGGUGAUAUGAAUUCUCAACAACUAUCUUUUGAAAUCAUUGACAUAAUUGCUAAUCAGGAUUGUGAAUUAGAACCAAAGAGUAUAUUAGAUCCAAGUGAUGAUAAUUAUCUUUGUACAUUUCCUGUAACUAGUAUCCCUGAAGGGAAUGAUGAUUCCGAUAACGAGGGAAAUGCAUCUCAUGAUUCACGGGAGCAGCUUUGUGCGUCAGAUGAAGGUGCUGAAAAAGAUGGUAACAUAAUUGUAGACCAUAGCGGAAGUGGGGAAUCUAGAACUGUACUUAGCAAGAAAAACAAUAGACCGUCUGGGAAGAAAAGAGGGAAAGCAGAAAAAUUGAUCAGCUUAGAGGUUCUCCAGCAAUAUUUUUCUGGGAGUCUGAAAGAUGCUGCAAAGAGCCUUGGUGUUUGCCCUACAACCAUGAAGCGUAUCUGCCGUCAGUAUGGUAUUUCAAGGUGGCCAUCUCGCAAGAUCAAUAAGGUCAACCGCUCCCUUUCCAAGCUGAAACAUGUAAUCGAGUCAGUUCAGGGUAUAGAAAGAACCAUCAACUUAACCUCUGUUCCAUGCCCACUUCCAGUUGCUGUUGAUUCCUUAUCUUGUCCUGCAAAAUUGGAUAGAUCCCAAACUAAUAUAGCUAUUGAGAGUGAUAAGGACACCUUGCCACUCAAAAUGCCAGAAAAAGAUGAAAUUAAUGUACAACCUGGUCCUCGGUUGGAUGAUGUUAGAGGUUCAAAGAGCUCAAAGUCAAGUAGUUCCUCCGAAGGUAGUAUGAAUGCUCCCACUUCCCAAGGUUCUUGUCAAGGAAGUCCAGCCAAUGAAGUCCUUUUGGAUAAGACUCAGAUAAAACAAGGGGCUGAUACCACUGCUGCCUCGAGAUUUCCAUUGCAACCAAUUCAUUAUGCUACUGAUGUUGAUACUCAAGAACAGCUUCCCAGGAAGCUGAUUAGGGAUUCAGGAAGCUCAAAGGAUUUGAGUAACCUGUGUAAUGCUCCUAUGGACGGUCAGCAGGUCGAGCCAGCCGUUGCACCUUCUAAUAUAUUACGUCACACAGCUAUACAAGAAAGGACUGUUACUAUAAAGGCCAGCUAUAAAUAUGAUAUAAUUAGGUUUAAGCUGCAUCCGGAUGAUGGCAUCAUAGCAGUGAAAGAGGAAGUUGCAAAGAGAUUGAAGUUGGAGAUGGGUACAUUUGACAUCAAGUACUUGGAUGACGAUCAUGAGUGGGUCAUGCUUUCUUGUGACGCUGACUUGGAGGAGUGCAUAGAGAUUUCAAGAUUGUCUGGAGCUCAUGUGAUCCGUCUCUUGGUACAAGAUAUUGUCGCGAACCAUGGGAGCUCUUGUGAGAGUUCAGGAGAUUGAGCAGGAGUAUAAGUCUGUAGCUUUUACAGUACAGUCAUAGAGAUCUAGUAUGUUUCUUUGUGUGAACAAUCUCCAUCUUGCUCAUAUUUGGCUCGACUGGGUAUUAUGAUUCUUUGAUACUCGAGUAAUUAUAGUUUAUGUUGAUCUCUUGAGAAAUGUUCUUUUGUGAGCUAUAUGUUUAUAACACAUUUAAGGCAUUAUGGGCAUGUUUCAUGAAGAUUCAAGAAGGCCUGAAUUGGAGGAUCGUUGAAGGUGUAGACCAUGGAUAACGAUGAACAAAAUUGCAAUAUACAAGGUAGAGGAAUUUUGUUUUGACCGUGCAACAGAACAGUCCAGGAUAAUGAAUUGCACAUAAAAAUCAUAUCUUGGAUUUCUACAACAGUUGGUUGCCUCUAUCUCGGCCUGAUUCUAAUCCCAGCAUCCAAUAUCUCAUUUGAUGGGGGGUGCGAAUUUGGGUAGAAAUUAAAGGGACUUGGCCUCACAAGUAUCCCUGAAUCGAAAUGCGUAGUUUUUGCCUAAGAUCGUGAUUGUAAAUCCUAAAUCGGAAGGAUCUUUCUCAUCAUCAAAUAAUUGCAGAAUAAAUUGAUGUGUUUUGGGGCAUGCUCGACCUUGCGAUAUGUGUAAGUUGGUUUGGAGAAAUAUUGUUCAAGCAGUGAUACUGAAAGAGGCAUUAAAUUGAAAUCUGCCCAACAGCUCCUCUUUUGGAAUCAGAAGCUUCAGAAUAGAACUGCCUUUGGAUUUCAAAUUUUCAUUUGAACUCUCCACCGUGCUCGAAGUUCUGGGGUUCCUUGGUUGCCAAAGGUUCUGUUAUAUCCUGAUAACUGAGAGUUAAUGACAAACUCUCUUCCUUUGCCUUUGUUUUUGAGGAUUAUUGUUGCUGAUUGUUUUGACCAUGAGCUAUAUUCCGCGAGUUAAAA